CACGUUUCUUCUUAGCUCGACCUCCCUGAUAAUCCCUGCUCGAAGCUCCAGGACCCUUGCCUGCUUCAACCCUCCUGGUGUGGCACGUAACUUGAAGCCUUCUUCGAAUGGAAUUUUUCACUUGUUUCUACAAUUACUCUCCCCCCAGACCAAAGACGUUACUUCACAUCCCCGCAGCCUUUCAAUCGACAGCAGUUGAGCUUCGACGAAAGGCAUUGAAGCCCGUGUCCAGUCAGUGGCUUCGAUUUAAGCCAUUCAUGGUUCAGCUAAUACGAUAGACUUCCCCGCCUUCUUUUGCACCCCCUCCUUCAAUCUCUCGAUACGAUCCGACAAUACUCUCCUCCGCAGCUUGACAUACCGCCUCCCUCUCCACGAUGAGAUUCGGAAGGACUCUGCGGAGCUCGAUAUACCCAGAAUGGAAGGACAAAUAUAUCGAUUACGCAAAGCUCAAGAGCCUCCUGCGUGAGGAUGCGGAAGAGCGUGUCAAAUGGACCGAGGACGACGAGAACAAGUUCUGCGAUGAGAUUUUCAACGUCCAGCUGGAGAAGGUCGCUGCUUUCCAAGAAUCAACCUUCAAGAGCCUCGAACAGCGUGCAACAAAAGCCGCCGAGAAGCUUCAUGAUCUGGCACCAGAGGAGGGAAAUCCCAAGGGGACCAUCACCACUGAACGGUUCAAGGAGCUCGAGAAAGAAUUGGACGGCAUCCUUGACGAAACGAAGAGGCUGAAGAAAUACAGCGAAAUAAACUACACGGGGUUCUUGAAGAUUGUUAAGAAGCAUGAUCGGAAGCGGGGGAACAACUACAAGAUUCGUCCCAUGUUGAUGACCAGUCUCUCGAAGCGGCCUUUCAAUUCCGAGCAAGGCUAUCACCCACUUCUCAACAAGCUCUCGACGAUGUUCUUCGUCGUUCGUCAGCAACUUGACGAGACAGAAACAAAUCCUGCCGUAUCAUCAUCCGAUGCCCAAUCUCAGACUCACAAUGGGGAGAGGUAUACAGCAUAUAAAUUCUGGGUCCAUCUCGAUAAUUUGCUCGAGCUGAAAACCUACGUGCUUCGCCGACUUCCUGUCCUUGUUUAUAGCGAGCAAUCGACUUCGAAGAGCCUCGAAACACAGGGCGACCCGACCCUCAAUUCCCUCUAUUUCGACAGCCAAGACUUUUCCUUGUAUAAAGAUAAGGUCGACCGACAGGUUGACGCAUCUUCAUUGCGGGUGAGGUGGUAUGGCCAAUUAAGCGCUAAUCCUGAGCUCUUUCUUGAACUCAAGACUAUACAUGGAAAUGGAACUAGCGAGGAGAAGAGAAUUCCGAUUAAGGGGAAGUAUAUCCAGUCGUUCAUCAAGGGCGAAUAUAAAAUGGAGAAGAGUAUACAGAAGAUGGAGCGCCAAGGGCAGCAAACCAACAAAAUCGAGGAGUUCAAGGUUACUGUGGCCGAGAUUCAAAAGUUUAUUUUGGAGCACGACUUGCAGCCAGUCCUACGAGCGGUUUAUACACGAACAGCUUUCCAAAAACCUCUUGAUGACAAAGUCAGAAUAUCUAUCGAUACGUCUCUGGCAUUUAUCAGGGAGGACUCCCUGGAUCCGGACCGGCCGUGCAGAGAUCCUGACAACUGGCAUCGACUCGAUAUCGACAACAGUGCUAUGGCCUACCCCUUUCCCAACAUAAACCAGGGCGAGAUAUCGAGGUUCCCCUAUGCAAUUCUGGAUAUUAAGGUCAAAGAUGAUGGAGCCAAGAAGAGCCCUAAAUGGGUUGAAGACUUAAUGGCGUCUCAUCUGGUACACAAAGCCCCUCGAUUUUCAAAGUUUGUCCAUGGGGUGGCGUCUUUGUUCGAGGAUAAUGUCAACGCCCUCCCCUUCUGGCUCAGCGAAAUCGAAACGGAUAUUCGUAAGGACCCGCAGGAUGCUUUUGAGGAGGAGGAGAGGAGGAAGGCCACGAGAGCAGAGAACAGCCAAGUCGUUGGGAGCUUCCUUGGAACUCCAAGAGGUGGUGGAAGUUUCAAACCUGGAGUUAGCUCACCGUUGGGCAAGUCGUACAUGCAAGAUAGAUUGGCGGCAGAGGACGACAGUACGAGGGAACGCCGCAGCAGUAGAUCUCCAGCGGCGCGCGAUGGUGGAGAAGGAUCAAGCGCGCAGUCUGGAUAUGGCACCAUGCCUUCAGUCUUCCCUUCAUUCUCGUUGUCGAGGUACGCUCUGGUACGACGAGUGAAAGAGGCUCCGCUCCCUCCUGGCGUUACGAAACCAACUUUACUUAUCAAAGACUCUGGACCUCUGCAAGUAGAGCCUAAGGUAUGGCUUGCCAACGAGAGAACAUUCUUGAAAUGGCAGCACAUUUCCGUCUUGUUGGGUACGCUCUCGGUUGCACUGUACAACGCAGCGAAGGGAAGCUUGACGAUACAGGCCUUCAGUAUUGUAUUCCUCGGCAUCGCUAUGUUUACCGCGAUAUGGGGUUACUCUAUGCAUCGCGUGCGCCGAGAUAUGAUUGUGGCAAGAAGUGGAAAGGACUUCGACAAUUGGAUUGGGCCUGUGAUUGUCUGUGUCUCUCUGAUUGUCGUUCUGAUUCUCAACUUCAUUAUUCAGUAUCGAGAAGCAGUUAAGAAGAUGAAUUUAUCUAAUGAUACCAAUUCGAGUUCAGCAAUGACGGAUACGCUUUGGUCUGGGGAUGUCAAGGUUGAGCUGAACUAAGUGUUUGGAAGCGAGUAUCGAUCGAAGGAUAUCAAGAGCAGGAGGAAGAUUUCGGGCUGGAGCUGUGCCAUACCGGGUUAUCAUAACUGGAUCUGUAUCAUAGCCAGUACAUAAGCUCCCGACUUGCACGAUUAAUCGUGGGGGGUGUAUAUAUGGAAAUCGUCACGUGUGGGGCGCAAGGCUGAUUCAUCGCCAUGUGCUCAUGAACAUUUUGAAACCACAAUCGCAC